ACUCAAUGUCACUCAUGUCAUGCACUCCUAGGGUUUUAUUUCUAUAUAAAGCGAUCAAAAUUCACCUAAUUUCAUCACACAAAUCUCAACUUUCCUUCUCCACAAAGAACAAAUUUUAAAAUGACCCCGAAGAGAAACAAUUACUUUCCUCCCCCCUUCCCUGGUGGCUACCUUGCCUUUCCUGUGAGGAGGCCAAGAAGUGGUAGGCAUUUCCCCCCACCAAGGGGAACCAUUCGAGCUCUUGCCAUGCUUGCUGAAGCCGCAUCCGUGAGAACUACAAGAUCUCCUACCCCUGCUAGGAAUGAAAACCAAUAUCAAGUCGUUAGAAACGACGUUGUAAGAGUUUCAGAAGUUGUGAAUCCUGAUCUCAACUUACCUCCAGAAGAGGAAGAUGAGAAUCCCCCGGAACCUGUUCAGUCAUUGCCGCCAAACGAAGGGCACCAUCACCGCCAACUACUGCAUCCUUUACCAGUCCUUCCGAAUGGUGGUGUGCCGGAAGUUUAUUAUGCUCUCCCCCGAGUGAAUGGUCGAGGGUUCCCUUUCAACUUCGUGGAGGGAGAUCCACUGUACACCAUCAGGGUACGUAGCACAAAUCUACAUGAUGUUGGUAUUCGCUAUUCUCUUCGUGCAACAGAAUCCAUGUAUCAUAUAUUCCAAGAUUAUUCUCAAAGAGUGGACCUCGAAUCGGGGGAGAUUGUUAUUAAGCGGUACAACAAUGUUGUUUCUCGCUUUGAAACCGCGUUUUCAGCUGGACUCCAAGACGGAGACACCCUCUCCGUAGAACCUCAGGAGAAUGGUAACAAUGUUGACACCCGGUUUAAGGAAUUCAUGAUACAAGACUUGGGUUCAAUUCCUAAAGAGCUUAAAGUUAGGGCAGUCCCUAAUGAUACACUGUAUGGUGUGUGCCAACUCUGGGCAAAUCGAAACAAUAUCCAUCCUCGUAAAAUUAUUACUUUUUAUGAUAAUGGAGUUGUCACUUCUCUCGACACCGUCGCUGAAGCCGGAAUCAAGAAUCAAGGCCGCCUAUACUUAUUGUCAAAUGACUGGAGGAACCCCUGGUUGAUUUUAAUCAAUGCUGAAAAAUGGUGUAGGCAUCUAGUGCUAUUAAAAUAAUAGUUUUACUUAUGGUGUGUUAAGCUAAGCAAUAUGUGGUUUUGCGACUAGUAUUUAGUCUAAUCUCUCGAGCUGCAUUAUGAAUUUUUCUCCACCCCUCACCAACCCACUAGUGUUAUGUAGGCGAGAGUAUACGUUAGUAUUUAAGUGUGACUAUAAUGUAGUAGCUUGUUAUUGCAUUCUUAGAGGAACUUGUUAUGUAUUAAGGGUAUGUACUCGAUGUUAUUAACUUGGUAAUGUACUUCAUCUUAGUUUGUGGGACUAGAU